UGAGUUAUUGCAAAAAAAAUUUUUCCUGGCAAGAAAGGAUGGAUAAUAAUGUCCACAUUAGUGGCCUGAUGAGUCGUCAUGAUGAUGACGCCACUAGAACAUCCACCUCUGAAGGUCUGGAGGAAGGUGAAGUGGAAGGUGAAACCCUCCUGAUUGUUGAAUCUGAGGAUCAAGGCUCAGUAGAUUUAUCUCAUGAUCAAAGUGGAGAUUCACUGAAUAGUGAUGAAGGGGAUGUGUCUUGGAUGGAAGAACAGCUAUCUUAUUUCUGUGAUAAAUGCCAGAAAUGGAUAUCAGCCAGUCAGCUGAGGGAACAACUCAGUUACCUCAAAGGUGACAACUUUUUUAGAUUUACUUGUUCAGAUUGUUCAGAGGAUGGUAAAGAGCAAUUUGAGCGGCUGAGAUUGACAUGGCAACAAGUUGUCAUGUUAGCAAUGUAUAAUUUGUCUCUGGAAGGAACUGGACGUCAAGGUUAUUUCAGAUGGAAAGAAGAUAUUUGUGCUUUUAUUGAGAAACAUUGGACCUUUUUACUAGGAAACAGGAAAAAGACUUCAACCUGGUGGAGCACAGUAGCAGGUUGCCUUAGUGUGGGGAGCCCAGUAUUUUUCCGCUCAGGUGCUCAGGAAUUUGGAGAGCCAGGAUGGUGGAAACUUGUUCAUAAUAAGCCUCCAACAAUGAAACCUGAAGGAGAGAAGUUGUCUGCCUCUGCUCUGAAAGUAAAAGCCUCAAAACCAGCUUUGGAUCCCAUCAUUACAGUGGAAGGGCUUAGGAAAAGAGUGAGUCGAAAUCCUGUGGAAUCUGCCAUGGAACUAAAGGAGAAGAGAUCACGAACUCAAGAAGCUAAAGAUAUUAGGAGAGCCCAGAAAGAAGCAGCUGGUUUCUUGGAUAGAAGCACAUCUUCCACUCCAGUAAAAUUUAUCAGCCGGGGCCGAAGGCCUGACAUGGUUCUUGAGAAGGGAGAGGUGAUUGACUUUUCAUCCUUGAGUUCCUCUGAUAGGACCCCUUUGACAAGCCCAUCUCCUUCUCCUUCUCUGGAUUUUUCUGCACCUGGAACUCCAGCUUCCCAUUCAGCAACUCCUAGCCUGCUUUCAGAAGCUGAUCUUAUUCCAGAUGUUAUGCCACCACAAGCCUUAUUUCAUGAUGAUGAAGAGAUGGAAGGAGAUGGUGUUAUAGAUCCUGGAAUAGAAUAUGUUCCCCCUUCUACUGCAUCAUCAAGUUCUGGGGCCAUGGUGGGAGGAAGAAAGAAAGUCAAAGCACCUGAACAAAUCAAACAGGAAGUAGAGAGUGAGGAGGAGAAAACUGAACGAAUGGAAGCUGAUAGUGAAGACACUGAAGAUUCAAGUGCAUCCUUACAAACAAGAACAAGAGAAAAGAGGAAGCCUCAGCUAGAGAAAGACAGUAAACCAAAAGGUCCCAAAUAUACACCCAUUAGCAUUUAUGAAGAAAAACUCCUUCUGAGGAGACUUGAGGCCUGCCCCAGUGCUGUGCUUGUGACUCCAGAAGCUAGGAGGCUAAAGCGAAAAUUGCUUGUCAGACAAGCUAAGAGAGAGAGAGGAUUACCCCUUUUUGACUUGGACCAGGUUGUUAAUGCUGCCCUUCUUUUGGUUGACGGUAUCUAUGGAGCCAAAGACGGAGCAGCUUCAAGAAUUCCAGCUGGACAUGCCACAUAUAGAACAACCUGUCAGGACUUCAGAAUCCUUGAUCGUUAUCAAACUUCCUUGCCAUCCAGAAAAGGAUAUAGGCACCAGACAACUAAAUUUUUGUCCCGAUUGGUAGGAUCAGAAGAUAUGGCAGUAGAUCAUAGUAUUGUCAGCCCUUAUACUUCUCGAGUAUUGAAACCUUAUAUCAGGCGUGAUUACGAGUCAAAACCUCCUAAACUUCAGCUUCUGGCUGAGAUUCGGGCCUAUCUACAUAAGAAUGACUCCAAUUGGAAACCAGAACCUGAAGCACCAAUUGAUUACUGUUAUGUUCGACCAAAUCACAUCCCAACGAUAAACGCUAUGUGUCAUGAGUUUUUCUGGCCUGGUAUUGACUUGUCAGAAUGCCUUCAGUAUCCAGAUUUCAGUGUUGUUGUUCUGUAUAAGAAAGUCAUAAUUGCCUUUGGCUUCAUGGUUCCUGAUGUGAAAUAUAAUGAAGCUUAUAUUUCAUUUCUGUUUGUUCAUCCUGAAUGGAGGAGAGCAGGAAUUGCGACUUUUAUGAUUUAUCAUCUUAUUCAGACCUGCAUGGGCAAGGAUGUAACUCUUCACGUCUCUGCAAGCAACUCCGCUAUGCUGCUGUACCAAAAAUUUGGAUUCAAAACUGAAGAAUAUGUCUUGGACUUUUAUGAUAAAUAUUAUCCCUUGGAGAGUAAAGAGUGUAAACAUGCAUUUUUUCUGAGGUUGCGUCGAUGAGUUUAGAAUACAGUGGGAAAAUGCCGAAGAAGAAUGAAACUAUGGGGAAAUAUUCCAAGACUUUCUGCUUGGUCCUUUUAUGACUAAGUUAGAAAACCACUGGUUAUUGAUUUUCCUAGUCAGCCUAUUAGCACAUGUUGUAGUGCUUGGUGUGCUGCUUGUCAUGAUCUUGACGGAGUCCCUAACUGGGAUGCUGAGGGGAAUGGAGUAGAGAGAGCUAGAAUAAUUAAAUUUUCUGAGCUGCUUUUUGGAACAGCUUUUAGACCAACACCUUGGGAUACAUGGAUAUACAAAACUGGACGUUGCAGAGAGCACUGUCUCUACUUUACAUGGUACACAAGUUUUUUUGUAAGUGUUUUAUGGGACAUUCUCCAUGGGAAAAACUUUUGGACUCUUGUAAUUGUUAAUAUAUAUGUAUAUAUAUAUAUAUGUUAUUCAUGUUGAGCUAAAGUCCUCAUAAUGUAUAUUUGUAAUAUCUGUAAUGCUGGUUGUGCCCUCUGGGCUCGAGUUGAAUGAAUCUAAUUUUUCUUCCUCAUCCUUCUUCCCCUUUAAAUGAUUGAUGAUUGUGUCUUUCAUUUAUCUCUCUCUCUUACACACACACACACACACACACACACACAAAAACCACCCCUUACCCAGGCUAAUCUCAGUUACUUCAACUAGUCAUCAUGUUUAUGGCUUCUCUAGCUAGGCCUCUCCUCAGCUUGCCUCAGGAUGAAAAGGAAAAUAUUUCGACUAAUAAUUAUUGAGCUAGAAUUUAGCGGUUUUAAAAAUUAAAAUUAGGUAAAAAUAUGUAGGAGUUGUACUUCAAAAAUUGUCCUAUAUUUCUAAUAAUGGCUAAGGAAAUAAAUUAUGAUGUUUGAAUAAAGGGUACAUGUGGAAUAAUGAUAAAUUUCCCCAACUUUGGGUUGUUUUCACUCCUUUGACUAUUCUGGUGGCACAUUUUAUAGAGCACUGGUCUUAAGAGUCAGGAAUACUUGAGUUCAGAUUCAGACCUGGACAUUUUCUGAGGGACACUGUGGAAGUCCCUUAACUUAACUAAAAGGAAAAAAGAACUAGCAUUUUUGGAGACUUAAACGCUUACUAUAUGUCAGGUACCAUACUGUCCACACACAAGAGAAAAGGAGGAUAGUCCCUGGGCUUGAGGAGUUUCUGGGAACUGCAGUAGGAAAUAGGGAAGCAGGGGUGGGCAUUGGUAUUGAAGUCCAGAGAAAACAAGACUAAGUCUGGAAGGGAAAUGAAGGCAAGCCAGCCUGGGCACCUUCACAAAAUGGAGAAAUUUAGGAUUGGGAGGAGAGGGAUAUGCCAGGAAGGUCUAGGAGGAGCCCGCGGUAACUGGAGAGCAAUAUUUCUGAAGUCCAGGAACAGGCAAGGAGAGUGUCACCAUGGGUUUGGAACCUUUGAGAACCAAGUGAGAUAAUAUGUUAGGUCCUUUGCAAAGCUUGAAAGUGCUAUCGUAAUUAUUACUGGCUAAAAUGUAUAGUUUUAUACAAAAGUUAAGUUGGUGUAUUUUGUAGGAAUUAUAAGUAGAGAGUUGGUUUUCUCUCCAGUUGAUUGUUCAUAUUCUCAUAUAUUCCAAUUUUAUAGACAAAGAAACUUGAAACUCAAGAGUUUAAAUGAUUUAAGAUAACAGAUAGGAAGAAAGGUUUGAAUCCAGUUCUCACUCUAAAUGUAGUAGUAUCUUCCCAUUAAACUCUGUAACUCAGUAUACAAAUUCAUCCACUAUCUUUUAUAAAAGCCAUUAAAAAUUUCAGUAAAAUAUGCUCAUGCUGGAGGACCCACAACUAAACAUUUAUAUUAGUGACUGCUGCUGAAUCUUACCUAGAUAAAUCACAGUGAGGAAGGGACACCAAACUUAAAUCUAGCUAAAAAACAUUUUGUCCUAGAGGGUUGAGGCAAACCUAUUUGGACCAUGGAAUGACAUAGCAACAGUCUUGCUGGGCUAUGAUGGGACUUUAAGGUUCUGGCACCAUUUUAAUUUGUUUGAAAAAAUUGUAGUGGUUAUAAGGAGAAAGGUUCAGAUUUCCUUAAAAGGAUAACAUUUCCUUUAAAGUAUUUCUACUUUAUUUAAUUCCUUCAACUUACAGAGCUUUUUAAUUAACAGAUUGGAAUUCAAUCUAUUUGAUUAUAACUGAGGGUUUCAUGGUUUCCAAAUGUGAAAAUCUGCCUUUAAUUGUGAUGUAUGAUGUGUCAUGCCCAUGUGUGGUACAAAGAACAGAUGAAACUUUCUUCUCGUGGAGAGGAGUAUCUAAAAGAUAGUAAUCAUUGCCUUAAUUCAAUCUCCAUUUUAUAGUUGUUGUGUGGUCGUUUUAUAGCGGUUAUAUUUUUGUGUAUAUGUAUGUAUAUGUUAUAUAUGGAUGCAUGCGUUUACCUGUAAGUAAAAGUGUUUUUUAAGAAAAGCUCUCAGCAAGAAGAGACAGUUAAAACUUUUUAUAUAACAUGGUGCCUUGCAUUUAGGCAUUCAAUAAAUAUUGAAUUACAGCUUCUGAACCUUUUCUGUUUACAAAUUUUUGGGAUUUACUAUGCUCCAAGAAAAAAAGCAAAACUGUCUUUUAAAAUUAAAAUAUAGCUCCUUCUCUGGCUCUCCUCCAGUUCAGAGAUUACAUGUGGUUUUCUCAGCAUUUAUCAUUUCUUUUUUUUUAAGUGUGAAAAGAAUCAAAAAAAUUAGUUGUUUUUUUUUUUUUUUUUUUUUUUUUUUAAUGUUUUAAAGAACUAAGUGUCCAGCAAUAUUAUUAGUUUAAUAAAUGUUUGGUGAUUGAAUGAUGAGAUGCUGAAUAUGAUUUUUGCUAAUAGUUUGGGAAUGACAUAUAAGUUGCUUGUUAAUAAUC